CCUGGUGAUAACUGUGGCACUUAGUGGGUUUGUCGCACUCAUGUAUGUGGGGAUCCCGCCAGCUCGGACGACUCCCACUUAUUCAGACAAGCUUUCCCUAAGUGUCACCUGCGACACGGGCUUUGUUCUCACGCCCAUCAAGCCCAAGAGAAACAUGGCAGAUUGCAUCUUCUACAACCAAACGGUGACAAUACCAAAUGUGUCUGCCCGUAAAUGCGGGUACAUCUGCAACGACCCUGCAGUAGAUUAUCCUGCUCUUAUCCUCCGGAAAGUGAAAAAGGUGCAAGUAAUGCAAACUUUCAACUCGACGUUGUAUCACACAUGCGAACUUCAGUACGGGAAGAACAGCCAGAAAUGCUUCCGGAUGAACCUUAAUAAAUCUCGUAGUUACGAAAACAUGCCCAAGUUCUUUCAGAUACACAACUUGGUGCUUCAUUUAUCUGCCAUUGACCCUGAAAAUCCCUUUAUUCCUGUAGACAACUUUACAAUGUCGUCCAGGGAAGUAAGGAGCUUCGAAUGUUCUGCAGGCCGUGUGCCAAAGAAAGUCAUGAUUCCUAAAAUUAUAAUAUCUGAAGAAGAGGAGGAUAAGCUACCUACUGUCCCUAAGUCGGUUGAAUGCCACUUCCACUGCGAAGCGAAUAUCCCCCACAAUCUUACGUGUGAAGAAAACGAGCUCAGCAUUGAGCAUAACGUCGCUCUCAGUUUCUGGCUAUUCGUUACUGCUAAUGUGCUCGGUAAGUUCUUCAUAGGACUCACUUACACUCUCUUCGAAGUGGCUGUCGUCGCUAUCCUCAAAGAAUACGGAUAUGACUACGGUCUGCAAAGGAUUUACGGAUCCAUUGGAGGCAUGGUGUUCGCACCUCUAUCCGGGUUCUUCAUCGAUCAUUUUGGAAGGGGCAGACACUACACCGACUAUUAUGUCAUGUUUGUCUUCUACUGCGUGCUAAAGAUCUUGUGUGCAGUACUUCUGGUGAAGGUUGAUCUUCGGUUCAAGGUGCCCGCGAGAAGCAUCUGUAACAACAUAAGCAACAUCUUUAGCAACCUUGAAAUUCUAUUGCUUAUCGGCAUUGUUUCAAUAGCAGGAAUGUGUUACGGAUUCAUAGAACACUUCCUGCCAUGGCAUCUAGAGGAACUUGGUGCCUCCAAUUGGUUCAUUGGCCUUCUGACUUCAGUGGCGUCAAUAUCAGCUCUUCCUUUCCUCGCCUGUUCUGGUGUCAUCAGCAAGAAGUUCGGCAACAUCCAAGCCAUCUCAUUUGGACUUGUGUGUUACUCCAUCAGGUGUAUUGGUUACUCACUUAUUCAGGACUACUAUUGGUGUGUUCCGUUUGAGACGCUGGAGGGAAUCACGACGGGGCUUUUGGUUGCAACCACCAUUAUCUAUGGAGCUCAACUCUCUUGUGACACCAAUGUGGCCACUGUACAGGGUGUUCUGGCUGCUUUUCAUUAUGGAUUUGGAAAAAGCAUCGGUAGCCUUUUGGGUGGCUUCCUAAUGGAAAAUCUUGAACCGAAAUUUGCUUUCCAAAUAUUCAGUGGUAUAUCUCUAACCUCUGGCUUUUGCUACUAUCUACUGGGGAAACUCAUCAUCCUCCCUAGGCAAGCAAGAAUAUUAAAGCAAAGGCAAGAAGUUAUGAACAUGUCGAUUACGACCAUAUCACGGAAAGAACACAAAAAGAUGAGUAAUCCUUACUUACCUACAACCAUUAGCACUCCUAAGAAAGAUGAAUGUAAAAGACGUGAUAAACAUCUUCUUUCUGGAAAGUUAUCGCCAACUCUGGCGAGCACAGCCGAAGCAGAAAAAUACGAAAGAAAGAAUGAGUCCCCCAAGGAAGUCGGGGAAAAAACAGAGGGUUACGUGAGAGAGGACGAACAUCUGGACGAAACUCAAAUGACGGAUCUGCCUCCUGAUGAUACAGUGAUGUCUUUCGAUGAAUCCUUUUUAGAAAACGAGGAAAUACAACAGAAAGAAAACCAAUAAACAGAAAAGUGCAAAUGAUUAUUCUGUCGUAAAACAGACAGUAAACAGAGUAAAGCAUAUUUGCAUAUUUAAAAUAUUCCGUUUGUGAAAUCAUGAAUAUAUUUUUUCCUGGUAACUCUUA